UGAUUUAUCCAACAAACCGCCCACUUCGGAUGCUGAGCUUGUGACUGACAACCGACCGGUUAACUGGCGGAUGACGGAUGUCACGACGGCAAGAGAAAUAGCGUUCUCAUUCAACACUGCCCACAGGCUGGCUAUAAUAGUCAGGCUAGUGCUACAAGGUCGGUCUUUAGAUUUUGCGGUUGACAGCAGGCCGUUUCCGUUCGGAAAUUACGAACACGAAACAUUAAAGCUCACAGGACAAGGAUACGAGAGAGGUGCGUGACAGCAGAGAGAGAGAGAGACACUAGCCUACACGGUUGCUACCAAGUCUGACAUCACAAUUCUCUCCCAAGAGGUCGGAAUCACUUGAAUGCGAAGAUGACAGACGCGGUCGUGGACGGCAAAUUGGAGGCGGUGAAACAGGCUACGAAAUAUGUCAAAGAGACCGAGAACGUCGCGGAAAAAUAUUCUGCGAUGACCGUUAGCAAGAACAGCGACAUGAACAUGAACGUGGGCGAAUUGCAGUCCGCGGCAUUUACUGCAGUGCCCACUCUCAAAUCCAUCAAGAAGAUCCAGUUUGCUAAUGCGGAGGAUAAACAGGAGUUUCAGAAGUACCCCACUAAGGCCGGCCGGCGCUCCCUCUCUCGCUCCAUCUCCCAGUCCUCCACAGAUAGCUACAGCUCAGCUGCGUCCUACUCAGACAGCUCAGAUGAUGAGACCACUCCUCGGGACAAGGCCCAGACCAACUCCAAGGGCAGCAGUGACUUCUGCGUUAAGAACGUCAAACAGGCAGAGUUCGGCAGACGGGAGAUCGAGAUCGCAGAGCAAGAUAUGUCGGCCCUGAUCUCCCUGAGGAAGAGAGCCCAGGCGGAGAAGCCUCUAGCUGGGGCGAAGAUAGUGGGCUGCACCCACAUCACAGCUCAGACUGCAGUUCUGAUAGAGACCCUGGUAGCUCUUGGAGCUCAGUGUCGUUGGACAGCCUGUAACAUCUACUCUACUCAGAACGAGGUGGCUGCUGCCCUGGCAGAGACUGGUGUGCCUGUGUUUGCGUGGAAGGGCGAGUCAGAGGAUGACUUUUGGUGGUGCAUCGACCGCUGUGUCAACAAAGAAGGCUGGCAGGCCAACAUGAUCCUGGAUGACGGAGGGGAUCUGACCCACUGGGUUUAUAAGAAGUACCCCAGCGUGUUCAAGAAGGCUCAGGGCAUCGUGGAGGAGAGUGUCACUGGGGUCCACAGGCUGUACCAGCUGUCCAAGGCAGGCAAGCUGUGUGUCCCGGCCAUGAACGUGAACGACUCUGUUACCAAGCAGAAGUUUGACAACCUCUACUGCUGCAGAGAGUCCAUCCUGGACGGUUUGAAGAGGACCACUGAUGUGAUGUUUGGGGGGAAACAGGUGGUGGUGUGCGGUUAUGGAGAGGUGGGGAAGGGUUGCUGUUCUGCUCUGAAGGCCAUGGGAGCCAUCGUCUGCAUCACAGAGAUAGACCCCAUCUGUGCCCUGCAGGGCUGCAUGGAUGGGUUCAGGGUGGUCAAGCUGAAUGAAGUCAUUCGGCAGAUGGAUAUUGUGAUAACCUGCACAGGCAAUAAGAACGUGGUGACCAGAGAGCAGCUGGACCGGAUGAAGAACGGAUGUAUAGUCUGCAACAUGGGACAUUCCAAUACUGAGAUUGAUGUGGCCAGCCUGCGGAGCCCGGAGCUCACCUGGGAAAGGGUGCGUUCUCAGGUGGACCAUGUGAUCUGGCCCGACGGCAAGAGGGUCAUCCUGCUGGCUGAGGGUCGCCUGUUGAAUCUGAGCUGUUCCACAGUGCCCACGUUUGUUCUGUCUAUCACAGCUACUACUCAGGCUCUGGCUCUGAUUGAGCUGUUCAACGCUCCGGAGGGACGUUACAAACAGGACGUCUAUCUGCUGCCUAAGAAAAUGGAUGAGUACGUGGCCAGCUUGCACAUGCCCAACUUUGACGCCCACCUGACGGAGCUGUCUGACGAGCAGGCCAAGUACAUGGGCCUGAACAAGAACGGACCCUUCAAACCCAACUACUACAGGUAUUGAUGGGAAUGGACAAUGCAGCGACCUGCAACCAGCAACAUCUGGAAGAAGUUCAUAUAAUAUCUCUAUUUUAUUUGAUAAGUUAUUACAAAAGGGAAGAAGAAUAAUUAUUUUGCUUAUGCUGAAUGUAAAUUGUAUUAUUAAUAUUGAUUAUAAUAUCUAACUUGUCUUGUCAGGCAUAGUAACAUUGAUAUAAUAUCUAA